AGCGACCUCCCACAGCUACCCCAUGUGAUAAUUGUGGUGAGACCCGGGACUGGGGAGCGAGCGGGAGGGUUCCAUGCCCAGAAGAUCAAGGGGUCCUUGGCGUUGUUGUGCUCGUCUGUUUGCGAACCACCUAUGUAGGCCAGUGGAGGUCGAGACAAGAGAGAACAAGGACGAUGAAGUUGGUGUUUUUUUCCCGGCUUUGUUGAUCUCGUACGAACUACGGUCGAUCUCGUCCUCUUUUGUUUGUCAGCACAAGAAAUUUCAGAUCCAGAGGCGCACUCGCUGUCUUUCGAAGUUAAUCAGGUCUACUCGAGAAGCAAGUGGAGGGUUUGGCUGCCGCUCUACCCAAUAUCGGCAGACCAAGCUGCCCCGAUGAAUCUGUAACAGAUCUUUGAACGGCAAGGAGGAAGACGAUGUGGAUCACCUCCAGCUGACAGACAUUUGGAGGUGGGAUGUCGGAGGGGAUUCUCUAGGGCAGGGAUCGAACGAGGUAUGCUUUAGGGAGCUCCGCAUAGCUAGCAGCGGAAAAGCAUGGGUUUAGAAGGAUUGAUUGGUGCGGGGUUGGGCUUUCUGUCGAUCGGGCUCUGGCAAGCGUUUACGGUAGUGAAAUUUUUCAGGUUAAAUGACUCUGCAUCAUCGGGAGGUGGAGCGCGGAGGUCCAGGCAACUACUGAAGGGAGGAAAUUCUCACCGGAAUAUCGAGCUUUCGAUCAUUGCCGUUUUGUCGAUCCUGCAUAUGGUAUUUAGCUUAAUCGCCUCGAGUAAUGAUCAAGCCCAUGGGUCUGGUGUUGGAAUGGCCUUGUCUUUGGAGAGAUUUGGCGUGGCGACUCUAUUCCUAAUGUAUUCCCUGGUGGCUUUUAUCAGCGAAAGCUCCACUAUUCUACCUCUGCCGGCAGGGACAUUAGAAUUGGUAGCGCUUUUCGCUUUUGGGGAGGAGUUUUUGCUGUUUUAUUCCAACAAUAGUGGAGAACACGACGCAGGUCUUGAAACUCAAUAUUAUUCCCUGAUUCUAGUCCCCAUCGGGGUUUGCCUUCUUGCCACAGCAAUGGAAGUAGCUUUUCCAACGGCUGUGCUCCCCCCAUUCGUUCGAAGUAUGGCCCUCGUUCUUCAGGGGACUUGGUUCUUCCAAAUGGCUGCAUCUAUUUACACUACCAAGUGGAUGGCCCAAGGUUGCGAAUUAGAUAAGAGAGGGGAGGGGGAUGUUACUUUGCGCUGCGAAGGUAUGUCACUCAUGAGAGGAAAGGCCAUUGCCACUCUCCAAUUCAAUUGUCAUUUGGCUAUGCUCCUCCUGUUUUUGCUUCCUCUUUAUGCUCUAAUGAGUAGAAUCUACACUGUUCCUUCAACCUAUGAACGGCUGGGAGACAACGAAGUUUCGGAUGAAGCCAGAGGCAGUUUGCAGGUCAAAGAUAGGGGACAAGAGCUUGCCCAAGCUGAAUAUCGUCAUGUUCUGGAAGACGAAGAUGAAAAUUCGGAUUCGCUGGAGGCUAAGGGGGCCCCCGAUACCAAUGGUUUCCACAGAGUUUCAAUUUGAGCACUUUUUCUUGCUUAUGUAAAUUUUAUGCAAACGGUGAGCAAUUUGCUUGCCUUCCACCCUCAUCAGAAGGGCACCUUUGUAUAGGCUUAAAGAAGUGACGUACCGUGUCAUGGCAGGGAGUGUUGUUGGUCGAGUCUAGUUCUUCUAGUUCAAAUCGGUGCAGGGGUUCUCGGAUUGCCACCGUUCAAAUCAAUGAAUCAUUGACGGCUCUAGGUUAAGCUUGGCUUACAUAGCUGGAAAAGAGGUUAUGGGGAAUUUAGCUCCACUUAAACAUUUUCCGCAGACGGAGGUAUCUUUCUGCUGAUGUUUCUAGGUCCACCUCAAGGUGUUUGAAAAUUCAUCGUGAAAAACGGAGCAACUGCUUUGAAGGCGAGUUGCUCAUGAUACAUCAAGACUAAGGAUACAGGAAGAUGAUGCAGUUCUCACAUUGUUGUGUAUCGAGGGGUGCGUGAGAUUGUCAAGAUUCCAUAGACAUCAGAUCUUGCAUUCGUUUUUAAUCACCCGAAACCUAUGGCAUGUUUUGACGGCAUAAAAUGAGCAUUUUCACAAACAGGCGUACCUAGCGUCUGACUUUCACCAUAGGAGCUGGUGAGUGUAAGAGGUAGCGUUGAAUUUUUCAAGUAGAAGUUGCUCAGACACGUAGUAGGUAUCUCUUGAUGGAAAGUUUAAAUUUUGCAUUGAC